AUGCUAGAGGGACUCAAGUUCCCUAAGAACUUCAUUCAACUUAUUAUGAAUUGUGUUCGAACUCCUAAGUUUUCUCUUAUGUUCAAUGGAUCCUUGCACGGAUUCUUUGAAUCUAAGAGGGGGCUUAGGCAAGGUGAUCCUAUGUGUCCUCUUCUGUUUGUCCUAGGUAUGGAAUAUUUGUCUAGGCUAAUGAGAUGGAUUGGGGAAAAGGAUGACUUUAAAUUUCAUAGUGGCUGCUUGAAGUUAAAACUUAAUCACCUAGCAUUUAUGGAUGAUGCUCUGUUAUUUUGUAAUGGACAUGCGAGGAGCAUCAAAUACAUGUUACAAGCACUGAAAUUAUUUUCAAGUACUUCUGGCCUGAAUCUGAAUCCUAGCAAAACAGCUUGCUACUGCAGCAACAUGUCUAGGAGAGAAGUUCAAUGGUUGUUGGAAAAUUCAGGUUUCCAACAACAGGUACUCCCUUUUACCUAUCUUGGAAUUCCUAUUUCCUCAAAAAAAAAAAAAAUAUCUGGGAAGGAAUGUGAACUAUUGGCUGAAAAGAUGACUGCUAGUAUCAAGAGUUGGAGUUUGAGAAAUUUGUCCUUUGCAGGUCGAAUAACUCUCAUCAACUCAGUACUAAUAGCCAUUCAAGCUUAUUGGAGCCAAAUGAUCAUUAUGCCUAAGAAGAUCUUGAAGAACAUAGAGGCUAUUUGUAGAGCCUUUUUGUGGAAAGGUCAAGCUACCUUCUAUGGGGCAGGGGCUGUGGCUUGGGGAGAUGUUUGCCAACAGAGAAAAGAUGGAGGAUUAGGAAUUAAAAGAGUAGAAGAAUGGAAUAAGGCUGCUAUAUGCAAAUACAUAUGGGCUAUUGCAAACAACCAAGAAAGCCUAUGGCUAAGAUGGGUUCAAAGUGUGUACAUUAAGAGUGAGGGCGGGUGGGACUACUCGGCUUCCAUUCACUCUAGUUGGUAUUGGAAGAAGCUUGUAGCUCUCAAGGACACUCUCAAAAACAAAGCAAGACCCUGCUAUAGAAGCCAAAUGUUGGCUGAAUUGGAGAGCUUCAGCAUCAAAUCUGCCUAUGAUUAUAAGGUGGAUUGGAAGAGUGAAGGGAGAGCUGCCGAGUUGCAGCAGGCUAAUGGAGAACUUGAAAUGGAGAGUUAA